UUUCAGCUCCUCCUCCUCCUAUAGACUCUGGUAAGAGGUCCAGAUGGGACGUUUCAUACCAGAAGAAGGAGGAGGAGGAGAACAAGAAGGAGGACCCUCUGAGUGAACUCCUCGUUGCUGCGAGAAACCAAACUGAGAUCAAAGAGGAGCGAACCUCCUCCUCCUCCAGCAGCACCAAGCAGCAGACUGCUGACUCUGUCAUCAAGAUUAAAACUGAGGACAAUGAGGAGGAGGAGGAGGAGGAGAGCAGGCCUCCUAUGGAUCUUUUCAAGGCCAUCUUCAACAGCUCCUCUGAUGACAAGUCCUCUUCUUCAUCAGAGGGAGAGAGCGACGAGGAGGAGGAGGUGAAGGACACAAAAGAGGACCAGGUCCUCCCACAACCGCAGAACCUCUUCAGCAUCAGCUCCUCCUCCUUACCCUCCUCUGUCACCUCAUCCAGCCAGCAGAAAGUUUCAGUUUCAUCUCAGAACUCCACUCAAGUAAAAGAAGAAGAAGAAGAGUUUGGUCCGAAGCUUCCUCCUCCAUCAGCUGCUCUCAGUGAGUCAUCACACACACGCACGUCUGUCUUCCCGUCUGUCUUCCCGUCUGUCUUCCCGUCUGUCUUCCCGUCUGACUUCCCGUCUGACUUCCCGUCUGACUUCCC